GAGAGAGGACGCCUCCUCUCACCCCGGGGCGGCUCCACUGUAUAUUAGGUUUUAUCGCAGGAGAAAGAAAGAGAGAAAGAAAGAAAGAAAGGAAGCGAGAGUGUGUGCGUGUGUGUGUGUGUGUGUGUGUGAGAGAGAGAGAGAGAGAGAGAGAGCUGUUGUUACCAGUUGUGAUAAUAUGGAGUUGGAGAGGCAGGAUAAAGAGGAGGAGGAGGAGGAGGAGGAGGAGCUCCUUCGGACGGCGGCGGCGGUUCCGAUGCACAGGUUCAUCGUGCCGAAGCCGGAGCCGAUGGAGCUGUUCGGGAGCCUGCAGCUGAUACGAAAGCAGCAGCAGCAGCAGGCGGGGGGUGGGCGCAACAGGGACCGGCACACGAAGGUGGAGGGCCGCGGGCGGCGCAUCCGGAUGCCGGCGGUGUGCGCGGCGCGGAUAUUCCAGCUGACGAGGGAGCUGGGCCACAAGUCCGACGGGGAGACCAUCCGCUGGCUGCUGCAGCAGGCCGAGCCCGCCAUCAUCGCCGCCACCGGCACCGGGACCGUCCCGGCGAUCGCCACCACCGUCGACGGAACCCUCCAGAUCCCCACCCAGUCGGCCGCCGCCGGCUUGGAGGGCGGCGGCGGAGGCGGAGGCGGAGGGGAGGAUUCGGCUGCCAAGCGGCGCAAGAAGCUGCAGCCGACGCGGGCCGCUGCGACGACGACGACGACGCCGACGCCUGCGAUGCCGACGCCGAUGCCGAUGCCGAUGCCUCCGGCGGCGGCGGCGGCGGCGGCGUAUUAUCCGAUCGUCGCGGACUCGAUUUUCCAGGUGGGAGGGGGCGGCGGCGGCGGCGCGAUCUCGAUGUCGAGCGGGCUCGCGCCGAUCGCGGCGGGGCCGCAGGGGCUGCUGCCGGUGUGGGUGGUGCCGUCCCCGGGAGUGGCCGCCGGGCCCUCCAGCCAGGCGCAGCUCUGGGCGAUCCCGACGCCGCCGCAGAUCAUAGGCCUCGCCGCCCCGCCCCCGCCGGAGGCGCAGCCGCCGCCCUCCGCCCCUUCCGGCGGCGCCGCCGAGAAGGGGGCUGAGCUGCAGCUCAUGGGCUGCGAGUCGGAGGAGCGGCGCCGCCGCGGCGGAGGCGAAGAGGGAGGAGACCACCACCACCUCCACCACCACCACCACCACCAUCACCACGACCACCACCACCACCACGACGAUGGGCCCGAAGAGGAGGAGGACGAUGAGGAGGAGCCGGUUUCGGAAUCUAGCAACGAAGAGUAGUUUUUUUUUUUUUUUUCUUUUUUUUUUUUCCUUUUUUUUUUUUUUUUUUUUGUCUUUUUGUGUUUUUGGAAAGUAAUUAGUAAUUAGAAUUUUAGAAGCACUUUUUUUUUUUUUUUUCGUUUCUUUUACUCUCCGACCCUUUUCGUUUCGUAUAUGCGUAACUUUGGUGGCCGCGCUCGCACGUGUGCACGUGCUGCGCACUUUGUGCGUUUUGUUUUAAAACGGCCUGGGGAGACGUGAAUUAGUAGUGCCUAGACCAGGUCCGCCACGUCAUCACUCUGUACGUUUUGGGAAACUGGGCGGUUCUUUCUUUCGCGCGGUCUAACAGACCGGGUCCAGGCGAACUUUUAUUGUGGGCAUCGGGUU